AUGGAGAACAUGUAUACACAUGACAUCCCCUACCCUUUCCAAUUUAGGACUGGCCAACAGAUAGAGAUUCAGCAUCAGACCAAAGGCACUGACACCGUCACAUUAACCUUCCCCAAUGCCCGUGGCCGUCUACCCUCGGCGCAGGCUUCACGGCUUCGGUCGAUGAUGCUCGAAGCCUUCGCCGAUAAGACUAAGAUCCUCGCGUAUCCCUGCUCCUAUGACGCCUUGUCCUCGCGGCUUGUCGAGGAAGCUGGAUUCCCGAUGCUGUUCCUGUCUGGAUAUACCGUAGCAAGCACCCACGGGCUUCCAGAUACAGGUUACAUUGCCAUGCAGGAAAUGUGCGAUAAGAUCCAAGAGACUGUGCGGCAGACUUCGGUUCCCGUCAUGGCUGAUGGUGAUACGGGGUAUGGAGGGCCGCCGAAUGUCAGGCGCACGGUGGAGAGCUUUGCAAUUGCUGGCGCAGCGGGUAUCAUGGUCGAGGACCAGACUUGGCCCAAGCGCUGCGGACAUACUAAAGGCAAGUCGGUUGUUUCUCGUGAAGACGCCUUUGCACGGGUUCAAGCUGCAUGUGAUGCCAGGGACAAUGGGCUUGAUAUUUUCAUCCUUGCCCGUACUGACUCCCUAAUCCUGGGUUGGGAUGAGGCUAUCUAUCGAGCAAAGGAAUUUAAGAGAAUCGGUGCUGAUGCCGUCUUUGUCGAGGCUCUUCCCGACCGCGAGUCAAUGAAGAGAGCAGUCCAGGAGAUUCAAAUGCCGAUGAUGGCCAACAUCAUCGAGGGAGGUUUAACCGAGAACCUCUCAGCUUUAGAGUUGGCAGAGCUAGGAUUCAGCGCCAUUGCGUAUCCCUUCAUCCUCGUCGCAGCCAAGUUGAAGAGCAUCCGAGAGACCCUCCAGGCACUCAAGGCCAGCAUGCCCGUGGGGCCUUCACCGACUAUUCUUUCGGCAGAGGAAGUCUGCGAGGGUGUCGGGUUCAACCGUUACUGGGACCUUGAAAGGAAGUACGCCCUUGGAAUGAACGGACAGGUUGACGGGAAGGCCCGUGUGAAUGAUGAUUAUGGUAUUGGAAGCAGAGUAAAUUGA